AUGCAAGGAAAAAAUAAAACAUCAUUUUUGAUCAAGGAUAUUUUAGAUGACGUAUUUGGAGCUGCUCGAGCGCCGGUGAAUAAUAAUGCAAGCAAUACUGACAAUGAAACACUGACAUCCUUAGAAACUGAUCUGGAUAGACAAAAUGUAACUUCUCCUUAUCAUUCAUUUGCGCAAUUGGAAUCGAAUGAGAUGCGUAUCAUUUUAAAAGGCAAAAAACGUAAAAUUCAAACCGAUUCUAUAGAUAACAGUUCGAAUUAUUUUGACCAAUUGUUGGACCGUAAUAAAGUCAGCUUAGAAGACUACUCAGCCAGCGUCCUACAUCAUCCAGAUCGUGAUGAACCAGGUGCAAAUGAUUCCAACGAUCACACCAAGAACAGAAAGCCGAGAAGAAGAAGAACAGCCUUUACACAUGCUCAAUUAUCAUUUUUGGAAAGAAAAUUUCGCUGCCAGAAGUAUCUAUCAGUGGCAGAUCGAGGUGAUGUCGCAGAUACAUUGUGCUUGACGGAAACCCAGGUUAAGACUUGGUAUCAGAACAGAAGAACAAAGUGGAAACGCCAGAACCAAUCAAGAUUAGAACAACUACACCAGGAAAGUAAUUCAUCUGUAAAACAAUUCGAUACAAAUAUUUCGGAUGAUAAAUUACUAAUAAGAGACAAACAUACUUCUAAUACCAAUAGAGUCAUGUAUUGUCCUCCGAAUAAUUUAAACGUUGGAAGCGGAUUUUUGUCAGGAAUUAUUUUUCGACCGUUUGGUCAUUGA